CUUGCCAUCGCCAUCGCCAUUGCUGUCUGUCAAUUGAUACUGCAAUCGAUCCAUCCCAAUCCAUCCUAAUCGACAAUCCGACAAAAAUGAAGCUCUCGUUCGCCGUUGCCACUCUGCUGGCUGCUCUCGCCGCUUCGUCGUCGGCCUCUUCGUACCCCGACAUUGCUGUCGACCUCGGCAACAUCCAGGUCCAGAAGCGCGACACUCCGUCAUCGACCUGGUCGGCUCCUGCGUCCCAGGCCACCAACUCCUUCGACAGCGGCUGGUGGGACUGCGAGGAAGUCAUGGAGAUGGACGAGGAAUGCGUCGAUGUCUCGCCCUCCGAAGCCAUGCAACUGAGCCCCAGCAACUGGGACUGCACCGAAGAAGAGUGGAUGGAUCCCAGCAAGUGGGACUGCGAAGACGAGCCCAUCACCGACUGGGACUGCGAGGCCGACUUUUUGCCCAACACAGGCCCGGCCAACUCCACUGCUCCUUCCAGUGCCCCCAUGGUCUCGGCGACCGCCAUCGGCUCUGCCACUAUCCCACUCUCGACUUGGAUUCCCACUUCGUCGCCUUCCCCGUCGCAGAGCUCCGGAAGCGGCGACCAGAGUGCCGUCAAUGCCGCCCACAGCGACGCUCCUCCGUCCCGCACUCCGCCAAUUGCUGCGUUCCUCACCACCCUCUCGGUUCUGGUUGCCGGAGCUAUUGUUUUGUUCUAAUCCUCCACUCUCUCACCUCCAUUUUUCUCCCUGGCGUCGGUUGCUCGGUGCAAACUCCACCCAUCCUCACGCAAAAUCCAUCUCCCCACGGCUCCUUUGCCUGUCCCCUCCCCUCUUCAUGUCCACUGUGCAUCGAUUAUCGGCACCUGUCCUCCAGAUCGUCGUGCGGUCGUGCCCGGAGCUAGCUCUGCGGCCCCUCCACUAAGCACCAUACAUGCAGCGCUUUCUCCGCCUCCUGAUAUUGGUCGCGCUGGGUGAAGGUUUCCUGCCACCUUCUCAGUUUUUUGCUGGUCGUCUCCCCCCCCCUCGCUCUGCUGUCGGGCUCGAUGGCCGUCCCUCCUUGUCUUUUUGUUGGCAUAUUCAUUAUAAUGUAUGUACACUAUUUCAGAAAAUAACAGCGGGCCACAGUCUCACUUCAAUCGAACA